AUGGUAAUGUUAAGUGGUACUAGAGUCAAGAACAAUAUUUACAUGUUAGAUUGUAAAAUUGUUGAUGGAGUAGCCGCUUUAGCAAGUGAAGAAGGAAAUGAUGAAGCCUUGAAAUGGCAUAAGAGACUUGGUCAUAUAAGUCAACAAGGCCUAAUUGAGUUGUCAAAACAAGUUCUUGGCGAGUUAAAGAACUGUGAUAUAAGUUUUUGUGAAAGCUGUGUUUUGGGAAAACAGAAAAGAGUAAAGUUCAGUAAAGGGAAACAUAUUUCUAUGGGAGUCUUAGAUUAUGUUCACUCUGAUCUAUGGGGGGCUGCUAGAACAGAAACUUUGGGGGUGGUAGAUAUUUCUUGUCAAUCAUAG